GCCCGCGCCUCGUCGUCCUCGCGACAUGGAUGGGCGCCCAACCCCCGCACAUGGACAAGUACAUCGAGCCGUACCGGCGCCUGUUCCCGUCCUCCCCGAUCCUCGUGCUGCGCUCCGAAGCUGGCGACUGGCUGAACCCAUGGAAGAAGCCGAGCAUGGACGCGGCCGCGACCGUCGUGCAGUCGCUGUACGACGCGUCUGAACUCGCGCCUGCAUCUGCGUCUGUUCCUCAUAGCCCCACCGACCCCGACCUCGUGAUCCACGUCUGGUCGAACGGGGGCUCGGCGUCGCUCGCCCGCCUCCGCCAGUCGCUGGCGAAGCAGCGCGCCGCCCUCCCGCCCUACACCCUCGUGCUGGACAGCACGCCCGGCCAGUUCUCGUACCGCGGGACGUUCAGCGCGUUCUCGCUCGUCGCGCCGAAGAAGUGGGCGUGGCUCCUCCGCCCGCUGCUGCACGGCUUCGUAGCCUGGUUCUGGCUGCUCACGUACGUCCGUGCGCGCCUCGACUUCCGGCGGCGCGCCGAGGUUGGCGAAGCGCAGGCCAAGGGCAAGUCGAAGCUCUUCGGCCCCCUCGCCCUCCUCGCCGCAUCACACAACACCGCCGCCGUCCGCGCGCGCGAGGCCCGCAGGACGUACAUCUACUCCCGCGAAGACGCGCUCAUCCCGUACACCGACGUCGAGGAGCAUGGGGCGGACGCGCGUGGCAAGGGCUUCAACGUGCGCAUGGAGGAGUUUAAGGGCACCGCGCAUGUCGCGCAUGCGCGCACCGAGCCCGAGCGGUAUUGGGAGAUCGUGCGGGAGACGUGGGAGGGGAGGCCAUAUGUGCGCGACGCGGCGGCGGAGGAGGAGGUGAAGGCCGAGGCUGCGGCGGCGGAGGGCAAGGAGGAGGAGGUGACGGCCGUCGAGCAGCAUGUCACUGCGUAGCCUGCAGCCCACAGCCCGCGGCAGGCUACCCGUGCCAGAAAAGAUAGACAGAGAAAGAAGAUAGGCCGAGGAAGAUCCCACUACAUAGAACGUAGAACAAACCAG